AUGGGUGUCCUGGUCGGCACAUCCCUGAUCGUAAUUAUCCCCGAGGGAGUGGACACCCUCUACAGCUCCACCGCGAUAUCGCAUACGCAUUCCAACAAGAGAUAUGUUGACACCGUUGAUGGAGGAACAAUCCAUGCGCUGAAUGCGCGCUGGCAGCACUCAGCUGCCCGCACCUCCUUUCUUGUCCGAAGAGAUACACUCCAGUCGGAAGACUCAGCCAAAGUGGAUUCACCGCACGAGGUGGACUCCGGACAAUCAGGUGAUGGUGGAAGGCUACACAUCCUAGGCGACCACGAAGGGAAUGACAAGGACAAGACUCAAGAGAAUGAAAAGGAUGGAGCGGAACCACAACCAACCUCGCCGCACCCUUGGGUCGGCAUCUCUCUUAUCAGCGGCUUCAUUCUAAUGUACCUAAUCGAUACCCUCCCUUCCGUCGCCUCGUCGCCCACGAACCAACAGCAACGCCCUUACCAUAUAUCACUGGAUAACCUAGAUUUCGGCCUUAGUCUCGCUUCCUCCCCCUCCCGCAACGGAACCGGCAGCGUCGGCAGUGGCCUUCUUACCACUGCCACUACCAGCAGCAGCAGCAGCACUGCCCGCAAUGGCUUCGCAACCACAAUCGGCCUGGUAAUCCACGCUGCGGCGGAUGGAGUGGCACUCGGCGCAUCGAUAUCCGACACAAACCUCAGCUUCGUCGUCUUCCUCGCGAUCAUGGUACAUAAAGCGCCCGCUGCCUUUGGGCUAACCACGAUAUUGUUAAAGCAAGGGUUGUCGACCCGUGCAGUAAAGGGUCAUUUGUUGAUGUUUAGCCUAGGAGCGCCAGUGGGUGCGCUUCUUACGUGGAUUGUUGCCCAUACGGUUUUGGCAGGCAAUGCAAGUGAUGAGCGGGCAACGCAGUGGCGGACGGGAAUGUUGUUGUUGUUUUCGGCGGGAUCAUUUUUGUAUGUUGCAAUGCACACGAUGCAAGAAAUGGGCAUGUCGACGGAAAUGUCCCGGCGUGAUUCAUCAUAUGCCAACGGAUAUGCUGUCCAUGAUCGGGAUAAUGCACAAAGAACCCAACAAAAGUCCAUGAAGGAUCUGAUCGCAACUGUCGUGGGAAUGAUCCUUCCCCUGUUCUUGCAGAUUGGACACGCUGGUUGA